CCCCGUGAAUGCACCAGCGGCCAAUGGGCAAACAUGGCGUCCUGCAUCAGCAUGGUUGCCAGAGCUGGAGGAGCUGUACUGACGGGGUUAUCGCCGGUCGCUGGACAGUGUUUAAGGCAAACGACCAGUGGUUUUAUUCCACGACGUCUGUCGCACGGAGUCCGGAGCAGUUUGUACGAGCACGUCCGCGCAGGUUACAGUGACAAGCCCGAUCUGGAUAUCAGAGCAGUGUGUGAGGAGACCGACAAUGUCAUCGCUAACGUGGAGAACAGGAAGGGCGACCUGCGCGCGGACGAUGUCAGGAAAAUAGUGUGUGUGUGGAAGGAGCUCCAGGCAGUGAGGGCAGAAAUGUCUGAGCUGGAGAAGGAGAAACGACAGAUCAGUGAAACGGUCAAGGCGUUAGUGACCAAAUAUGGAAAAGAAGGUCUCACCAAUCUUCCAGAAUACUCCCAGAGUCUGCAGAGAGGUCGAGAUGUUCGCAUCAGGCUGAACCAGCUGCUGCACCAAGAGACGGAACUGGAUCAGAAGUUCUACAUACGAGCUCUCAGACUGCCCAACACCACACAUCCUGAUGUGCCAGUUGGAGAUGAGAGCCAGGCGAGGGUGGUGGAGGUGGUUGGAGAGAAGCCAGAAUUUGACUUUAAGCCUAGAGGUCAUGUGGAGCUGGGGCAAAUGUUGGGUCUCAUCAGGCAGAGGCAUUUAUCUCACAUCUCAGGCCACAGGUGCUACUAUCUGAGGGGAGCAGGGGCCAGACUUCAGUCGGCACUACAAAACUUUGCUCUUGACACACUACAGCGACGGGGCUUCAUUCCCAUGGUUGUGCCUGACAUGUUGAGGGGCGCAGUGUUUGAGGGUUGUGGGAUGCAACCCAAUGCCCAUCGCUCUCAGGUCUACUCACUGGACCCGGCACGUUUUCCCGACCUGAACCUGGCUGGGACAGGAGAGGUCGGCAUAGCAGGUUAUUUCAUGGAUCAUGCGGUGAACUGGAAAGACCUGCCUGUCAGGAACGUUUGCAGCAGCACCUGCUACAGAGCAGAGACAGACACCGGCAGAGAGACGUGGGGCCUGUACAGGGUUCAUCACUUCAACAAGGUAGAGAUGUUCGGAGUGACAGCUGAUGAAACGGGAGCAGAAAGCGCUCAGCUCCUGGAGGAGUUUGUCUCUUUGCAGAAAGAGAUGUUCUCUGCACUUGAACUACACUACAGAGUCCUGGAAAUGCCAACUCAGGAACUGGGUCCUCCCGCUUACAGAAAGUACGACAUUGAAGCCUGGAUGCCGGGGAGGAACAGCUAUGGAGAGAUUUCCAGUGGGUCCAACUGUACCGACUACCAGAGCAGACGCCUCAACAUCCUGUAUGAGAGAGAGGAUGGCAGCCUGCAGUACGCCCACACAGUGAAUGCGACAGCUUGUGCCAUCCCUCGAACCAUCAUUGCUAUCUUGGAGACUCACCAGACCAAAGAGGGGACGGUGCGUGUCCCCACAGCCCUGCAGCCUUAUUUGGGUCUAGAAUUGAUUGAGAAGCCACAGUACACUCCUGUGAAAUACAUCGGACCAAACCAGCCCAUCCGGCCCCUGAGGCCUGGUGCUCAGACCAGAUGAUGGCAAUACGAGUGUUUGACGCUGGCCAUCGCACAGACACCUGAGGCAGGAUUCAGUUCAUGUUCGUAUUCGGCACCAGGAAGCCAAACAGGAAGUAAAUGUGGAAGUACCACUUCAUACUGUUACUGAUGCACAUUCACUGCUUUCUCUGAUCUCCAGAGUAAAUUGAGUGAGUUUAAAAGCGAUGCAUCAGACAUUGAGAAAGCUGUUUACAGUGAUCCAGGUGAUAUAAUAAAUUUCCCAAUUGUU